GAUAAAGUUGUGCUGAAUAUUCAUCAGGAGAUACAGGUACAUAAAAUUAUAUACAAAUCGCUAAUUAAGAAUACAAGUCUCAAUGACCUAACUGCCGAUACAGGUCACCGAGGAGUAAACAGUGUAGAUAAGAGGAGAGAAACAUGCUAGCGCCUAAUCUGGACGGUGGUCAACAUCUUCACCGCAUACUCAUUUGGGACAACAGUACCUGUAAUGCUAACUCACUACAACUGGUAUAAGGUACAAAUUUGGCUGAUAUCUAUUACUAUUGACUAACUAUAGAUACGUAUGAUGAAGGUGUUUGUGUACGGAGCGUUACAAAGAGGUCAGCCGAACUCAAAGUUGUUUGACAACACAAAGGACGGUCAUUAUCAGUACCUAGGUGUCGGAGUGACCGUUAACCAGUAUCCGCUGGUGAUCGCCUCACGGUUUAAUAUACCGUUCAUGUUGCCUGUGGAGGGUAGAGGCAAUAGGAUUAAGGGCGAGAUUUACGACGUUAACGAGCCGAUGUUGGAAGCCCUGGAUCAACUCGAAGGUCACCCAAACUUUUACCGUCGCGAGUUGAUAGCUGUCACAGGUGAAGAUGGCUCGACUGUAGAUUGUGGCUGUUAUUUCCUGAUCAACUUCCGGAAGGACUUAUUGGAACUGCCCUUCCAGGAAUCUUACCAUUUCGAAGGGUCCCACAAUUUACAAUUCUCCAUGCCUAGCGCAAGGGAAGGCGUCGAUGAACUCGAAGAGCGGCGCACUUUCCUCGCUUCUGUUAUAAACAUUUGAUCCCUAUCAGUAUCCUAUAUGGACUAGAGCCUUAGUAACUUGGACUCCCAAUAUCCAUGGAAUAUCUGUAUGCGUAUCCGAGUGUCUGGACUAACAAAGUUGUGCUUCUUAUCAAUACUCUCAAGUGUUUUCUUAAUUAGUAAUACGAUGUAACCUCUCAAUACUACAAGAAUGAUUGUACUAGUAUUUGGUUUUAUUUUUCAUUUAUAAAUGCAAAAAAGUACACGAUUAUGAAUGGAA